GAAUCACGAACACCACCCAUAACACUCGGACCAGGAUCGCCAAGUCUGCCGACUGACCUGUGUUGGACAUAGUUGCGAAGAUAUGACCGUUCAGCAUCAUGGUUCAUUCAAUAAAAGGAAUGUCGACGGACAGUACUUUCGAGCUGUUUCGAUAUCGCUAUCUGAUAUCUUCCCUUGCCUAUACUGGGCCAGCACUGUUCGAUCCGCACAAGAACUCCCUACUGUAAGUGCAUUCAUUCAUACAUUCAUGCGAUAGACUCACGAACCCCGACUGACAGUACUGCUAGUGCUAUCCUUGACCAAUAGCAUUUCUAGUAAUAUAUCCACAUCCUGGUCGCGGUUUCGUCGAAGUUCCUUGAACGCGCAUCUCUAUUUGAGCAUGUCAGCUGGACUAGGCUUCACUGAGACACAAGCGGUCAAAGAAGAAGCCCACGUUGACCGCUUGAAGUUGGAGUCAGACGCUAGCUCCAACUCUACAGGACCUGACGACAAGACCGAAGAUCAACAAGAAGCGCAGCGUGAAGGAGAUGUUCAUGAGCUUGUGCGCAAAUUUACAACACAUUCAGAACAGCAAAAUGUUGGCUCACCCUUUGCCGACGAUGUGCACCACCGACUUGACCCCAAGAGCGACCAAUUUCGUGCCAAAGAUUGGGCCCGAUCAUUUUACGACUUGCGUUACAGUAGUGAAGAAACAAUUCCCCGUGUUGCCGGCGUCGCAUUCAGAGGCUUGAAUGUUUGGGGCAAAGGCUCACCAACAGACUUCCAGUCGACUGUGGGGAAUACCAUCCUCAAAUUGCCUGCUUUAUUUGGAAGAGGAACACAGAAAAUCGAGAUAUUACGGGAUCUGGAUGGACUGCUCCUUCCGGGAGAGCAAUUAUGUGUCCUCGGACCCCCUGGAUCGGGAUGUUCAACACUGUUGAAGACUAUCGCCGGCGAGACCCAUGGUUUCCAAGUCAGCCCCGACUCAUACUUAAACUACCAGGGUGUGCCAGCAAAAGAUAUGAACUCAGUGUUCCGUGGAGAAGCAAUUUACACCGCAGAGGUUGAUGCGCACUUUCCUCAGUUGAGUGUGGGUGACACGUUGUACUUCGCUGCUCUAGCCCGAGCACCCCGUACCAUACCCGGUGGUAUCAGUCGCCAACGCUACGCUGAACAUCUACGAGAUGUCGUCAUGGCUAUGUACGGUAUCUCGCACACGUCAAACACACGCGUAGGCAAUGAUUAUGUCCGUGGAGUUUCCGGGGGUGAGCGCAAGCGGGUAACGAUUGCUGAGGCCUCUCUCAGCUUUGCACCUCUCCAGCUGUGGGACAACUCGACUCGUGGUUUAGACUCAGCGAAUGCGGUGGAGUUCUGUAAGACGCUGAGGACUCAGUGUGACGUCUUUGGUGCAGCUUGCGUAAUCGCCAUCUAUCAAGCUCCACAAGCCGCAUACGAGGUUUUCGACAAAGUCACUGUACUGUACGAAGGCCGUCAGAUCUACUUCGGACCGUCGAACGAGGCGCGCGUAUAUUUUGAACGUCUUGGCUUCGAAUGCCCAGCCUCCCAGACCACGCCCGAUUUCCUCACCUCAAUGACAUCCGCAUCUGAGCGCCGCAUCCGGAAGGGCUUCGAGAACACCACGCCCCGUACCUCUGACGACUUCGCUCGAUGCUGGAAGGAGAGUCCCGAACGUCAACGGUUAUUGAAAGAGAUAGAAGAAUACAACAACACCUAUCCUCUCAAGGGUGAGCAGCAUGAACGCUUUGCGCUUUCUAGGACAAUGGAGAAAUCCAAGAAGCAACGACAGAAGUCGCCAUAUACUCUUUCAUAUUGGAGGCAGAUCCGUCUCUGCAUGUGGAGAGAUGUGCAGAGACUCAAAAAUGACCCGAGCGUUCUUCUGACUAUGCUCAUCGUCAACUUCUUCGAGGCACUCAUCAUAUCGAGUAUCUUUUACAACCUACCUCAGUCGACCGCGUCCUUCUUCAAGCGUGGCGGAGUUUUGUUCAUGGUCGUGCUGCUCAAUGCUUUCGGAUCGAUGUUGGAGAUUAUGAAUCUCUACGCAAAGCGUACUAUCAUUGAGAAACACAAUCGCUAUGCCCUGUAUCAUCCUUCGGCGGAAGCAUUGUCGUCGAUGAUCGUGGACCUGCCGUACAAGAUCACUAAUAGUCUUUUGGUCAACACGACAUUGUACUUCAUGUCCAAUUUACGUCGAGAGCCCGGCCCGUAUUUUUACUUCCUGCUCGUUGGGUUUACCACAGGUCUCUCCAUGAGCAUGUUCUUCCGGCUGUUCGCUUCGAUGACGAAAACCCUCGCCCAAGCGCUCGCUCCUAGCUCUCUCAUCCUGAUCAUGCUCGUACUAUACACCGGGUUUGCUAUCCCGGUCCAGUAUAUGCAAGGAUGGGCGGGCUGGUUCCGAUGGAUUAAUCCGGUUGCGUACGGCUUCGAAAAUGUCAUGGUCAACGAGUUCCACAAUCGAACAUUUGCUUGUUCGUCCUUCGUACCCUCUGGACCAUCGUAUGAGAACGUUGCGCCUGAACAGCGAACAUGUGCUGUGCAAGGCUCCCAACCAGGUCUAGACUACGUCAGCGGUACUGCAUACGUCGAGACUGCCUUCAAGUAUAACUACAGUGAACGAUGGUCCAACUAUGGUAUCAUCAUAGCCAUUACAGUCAUUCUCUUCCUUGCUCACUUGGUCAUGAGCGAGUUGGUUGCUUCCGAGCGCUCUAAGGGCGAAGUGCUUGUGUUCCGACGUUCCAAGAUGCAGAAGACGGCGAAGAAGAACGGUGCUGACGAGGAAGCCGGUGGAGCAACUGCCCACGAGGGUGAGAAGAUCAGCCAUAACACAGAACUGGAACCCACAAUGCAAAAGCAGGUGUCUAUCUUUCACUGGGAGAAGGUUACAUACGAAGUCCAGAUCAAGGGGGAAACCCGUACUAUCCUGGAUGGUGUAGACGGAUACAUCAGGCCGGGCACCCUGACAGCUCUCAUGGGUGUGUCAGGUGCAGGUAAGACUACACUCCUCGAUGUUCUCGCGAGUCGAACGACCAUGGGCGUCAUUGGUGGUAACAUGCUUGUGGACGGCCGUCAAAGAGACGAGUCUUUCCAACGACAGACCGGCUACUGCAUGCAACAAGACAUACAUCUGGAUACAUCCACUGUACGAGAGGCUCUGGAGUUCUCUGCAUUGCUCAGACAGCCACCGGAGUAUGGACGCGAGGAGCGGCUCGCAUAUGUUGAUCAUGUCAUUCGUCUUUUGGAUAUGGAAGAGUAUGCAGAUGCUGUCGUUGGUAUUCCCGGAUCUGGACUCAAUGUUGAGCAACGUAAGCGCCUCACCAUUGGCGUCGAGCUCGCCGCCCGUCCCAAGUUGCUACUCUUCCUCGACGAACCCACUUCUGGUCUCGACAGUCAGACUUCAUGGUCCAUCUGUGAUUUGAUGGAGAAGCUCACCCGAGACGGCCAGGCGAUCCUCUGUACGGUUCAUCAGCCUUCAUCCCUUCUCUUUCAGCGCUUCAACCGACUCCUUCUACUCGCCAAAGGUGGAAGGACUGUAUACUUUGGUGAGAUCGGUCGCGACUCCAAGACCCUCCUCGAUUACUUCACUCGCAACGGAGCGCCAGCAUGCCCUGCCGGUACCAACCCUGCCGAGUAUAUGCUUGCAGCAAUCGGUGCCGCACCCGGUGCGCGAACCGAGAUUGAUUGGCCUGCUGUCUGGAAGUCCAGCAAGGAGUACGCGAAUGUUCAAACUGAACUAGCUAGUCUUAGGGAACUCGCCAACCGGCCCUCUGCUGUCAUGGACUCAGCCGACGCCAGUCACCAGGCCUUUGCAGCCUCUUUCAAGGACCAACUACGCGCUGUAGCCAUGCGGUGCGCACAACAAUACUGGAGGACGCCGUCAUACAUCUACGCAAAGGCUAUCUUGACUAUUGGUUGUUCUAUCCUGAUCGGAUUCUCGUUCUUUGACAGCAACAACACCAUGCAGGGCCUGCAGAACCAGAUGUUUGGCGUCUUCAUCUUCUUAUUCGUGGUCAUCCAACUCAUCUACCAGAUCAUGCCGAUGUGGAUUUCGCAACGGACUCUGUACGAAGCGCGGGAGCGACAGUCGAAGACCUAUGCUUGGCAAGCAUUCGUCCUCUCCAACAUUUUCAUCGAGUUGGCUUGGAAUGCUUUCAUGGCUGUCUUUUGCUUCCUCGUGUGGUACUAUCCUGCCGGCUUGUACCGCAACGCAGAAGCUACGGAUGCAGUUAACAUUCGUGGUUUCCACGCUCUUCUCAUUGUCGUGGCCGUCUUCGUCUUCGCAAGCACCCUCGCACAUCUGCUCAUUGCCGGCUCGCCUAACGAAGAGAUUGCCGGUGCUAUUGCCACUUUAAUAACCAUCAUGCUAUACGCCUUCUGUGGUAUUCUCGCUGGACCCAACGAUUUGCCUGGUUUCUGGAUCUUCAUGUAUCGCGUCAAUCCUUUUACCUACCUGGUGUCGAGCUUCAUGUCGACCACACUAGGUCAAGCGCCCGCUUAUUGCGCCGACUCUGAGUUCCAAACUUUCUUCCCACCACAGGGUCAAACUUGCGGCGAAUACAUGUCCAAGUAUAUUGACAUGGCUGGUGGCUAUCUUCGAGACGCGCAGGCGACCGGACAAUGCGGGUUUUGUCAGAUGGACUCCACGGACCAGUUUCUUACGCGUAUUCACGCGGAUUGGGACACGCGCUGGAGAGAUUUUGGUCUACUAUGGGUAUACAUCGCGUUCAACAUGGCGGCGGCGAUCUUCCUGUAUUGGCUCUGUCGCGUCCCGAGGACGAAGAAGGGGAAGAAGAGCUCGUAAGCGGCAGACGCGCUCUGUCGUAGGGACGCGUCGACGAGUCGUGACGCGUUGAUGUUGCGAUCAUUGCAUUUACGGUGUUCUAGGGGUUUGGCGUGCAGUCAUUGAUCCCUUCUUUCUCUGCGAUCGCCUUCCGGAGAAGGUAAUUUCGUUACUUAAUAGCGCGCCCGGCAGGGUCGGGACCACGGUUCCGUGAU